AUGCACGAGUACAUUUCACUUAACACGUGGUAUGAUAGGAUGGAUGGUAGUGAAAGUUUGAGUAUUGGUGGAUUGAACUGUGGAACGUAUAGCGAUGUGCCACGUACUAACCACGUUGUUGCCGCUAACACGGAACAAACGAACACAUCAUCUGCACAGCCCGUUUAUGGCAACCCGUCCGUAUCGUACAGAACGCUAAUAUUCGAUCUUGACCAGACACUGUACCCCAAAUCGUCAUCUCUGCAGAUGAAAAUACGGCACCGUCUGUACAAAUCGCUCAUGAAAAGGAAUGCGUGCUCGUAUGAGCAGGCUAAGCAGAUGUACGUUGAGAUGAGUGUGAAGUACGGGCUGGGGUACAAGGGGAUGAUAAAGGAGUAUGGGAUGGAUGAGUGCUGGUAUGAUGAGCUUGUAGAUUUUGAUUUUGGAGAAAUGCUGAAAAUGGAUGAGCGAUUGAAUGGGAGGAUAAUGCGUAUUGGCAGUGACUGCAGCGAUGACCGUGAAGAUGACCGUGACAAGAAUAGAAAUGCUGGUACAACAACCAACAGUACGCAAUUCUUUAUCUUCACCAAUUCUCAAGAGAAAUACACCAGACGUGUCCUAAAAUACCUCAACAUCCCCCACAUAUCAAAAAUAUUCUACACAACGUACUUUCAACCGCGCAUGCUGUGCAAACCGGAAAGGAAAGCAUUUGAAUUCGUCAAUACGUACUGCAAAGGUGACACGUACUUUUUUGAUGAUAAAAUGGCGAAUGUUGAGAUGGGCAAGAUGAUGGGAUGGAAGUGCUUCUUGAUUGAUGAUGAUCUUUACGACGUGCUGGGGAUGUUUGAUGCGAUGGGGUGA